GUGACUUCAGAUGCGAAGCAGAUAACUUCAGCCCAUCCCUGUCUCUGCCUGAGAUUCAGGAAGCAUGGUGACAAAACAGCUUUUCAACAGCACACGUACAGCGAAGCUGGAGGGCUGCAGCCAUGAGCUUUCACAUCAGGCUGAGAAAUGAAAUCAACGUUUUCCCCUGACUGUUUCUGAAGAGCGGUGCUCAAGAAAUUUCCUCUCGGGAAACUGUAUAAAUAGGUGGAGAGCAAAUGCAUUGCAGCUCCUGAGCUCCAGAGAGAAUUGGAGCACCUGUUCUGCAGAGCUGCACCCCUUUUUGUACAGUCCUGCUUCCCAAAAGGGGCUGCUUUCUCUUAUAAAAAGAGACUUCUAAAGGUACUCUUGUGGAAAAAAACUCCGUGCUGCUGAAGCAGAAAGAAAAAAAAGGAGUGCUAGUAACCCAGAGGGGUGUAAUCCUCAUCACUGGAGGAAGAACACAGGAAAUGUGUGUGAUGCUAGCAGCUGAGAGAAACAUGCUUCUUGUCAGCAGCCAUUAAAACUGAUGGGCAGCAUCAUUGGAACCAUGGGGUGCACCAGCUCUGUAGCUGACAGAAGGUCAGAGAAUGUCAUAAGAGCUGCUAUCCUCAUCCAGAAUUGGUACCGCUUUACAAUGGCCCGGCUAGAGAUGAGGCGCCGCUAUUCACUGAGCAUCUUUCAGUCAAUCGAAUAUGCUGAUGAGCAAGAUCAGCUGCAGCUAUCCAACUUUUUUACAUUCAUGCUAGAUUACUGUACUCACCCGGAUACAGUUUCUCAUCUUUUCACCAGUCCUAGUGUUUCUCAGGUGGUGGAUGAAGGCUUAUGUUUGACAGAAUUUGAAAAGAAGAUUCAUGUUCCAGACUCCUAUUAUGGACCACGACUCUCAUUCCCCCUUACUGUUGAAGAUGCCAAUGCUCUUCUUCAUGCUUUCAGGAAUGAACAACUCCUUCAUGCCCGCUAUGUACUGCAGCUGCUAUGUGAAACUAGGAGGGUUCUCAAAGAGAUGCCAAACAUCACCCAUCUUUCAACUUCCUACUCCAAGGAUAUAACUGUCUGUGGAGAUUUGCACGGAAACCUGGAUGAUCUUUUGCUGAUAUUCUAUAAGAAUGGUCUGCCCUCAGAACAAAACCGUUAUGUCUUUAAUGGUGAUUUUGUUGACAGAGGGAAAAAUUCUAUGGAAAUACUUAUAAUCCUGUUUGCAUUUCUUCUUAUCUACCCCAAUGAUUUACAUUUGAAUAGAGGAAACCAUGAAGACUACAUCAUGAACCUGAGAUAUGGCUUCACGAAAGAAGUUUCAAAGAAAUACAAGGACCAUGGGAAACAGAUUUUGUGUCUUUUGCAAGAUGUUUUUAGCUGGCUUCCCCUUGCCACUAUAAUUGAUAGCAAAGUUCUUAUCCUACACGGAGGGAUUUCAGACACCACAGAUUUGGAUUUCCUAAAUGCACUUGAGAGAAAUAAGUUGAAAUCUUUGAUGCGGCCACCAAAAUCAGUGAGAAACAGACAGGACCCAGUGAAGGAGAGAAUUACCACAACCAAACCGAGUAAACACAUUGCCAACCAGAACGUUGCAGGAAAACCACAACACGUCUCUUCAUCGGGCUCAACUGAGCUUUCAGGCUCAAAUUUGCCUUCAGAGCCCUCCCUGAAGGAAUGGAAACAAAUCCUUGACAUUCUCUGGAGUGAUCCAAGAAGCCAAAAGGGCUGCACACCAAACAAGUGUCGAGGAGGAGGUUGUUACUUUGGCCCCGAUGUCACUGCCAAGCUGUUUGAAAGGUAUAAUCUGAAAAUGCUCAUCAGGUCUCAUGAAUUUAAGCCGGAAGGUUAUGAGAUCAGUCAUGAUGGGAAGGUUAUCACUAUAUUUUCUGCCUCCAACUAUUAUGAGGAAGGGAGCAACCGGGGAGCAUACAUCAAACUGAAUCCUGAACUGAUUCCUCGCUUUGUGCAGUAUCAAGUCAGCAAGUACACACGCAGGCAGAAUCUUCGGGAGAGGGUGGGUACAAUUGAAUCAUCUGCCUUAAAGUCCUUACGAGAGAAGAUUUAUGCUCGCAGGUCUGAACUCACUAGUGCUUUUGCAGAAUAUGAUGUCAACGGCACAGGCAAGAUUUCUGUCAAUGACUGGGCUGCGGCAAUGGAGUCUGUCCUACAGCUGGGGCUGCCUUGGAGGAUGCUGCGGCCUCAGUUAGCACAUGCGAACGCAGAUGGAGAAGUUGACUUCAUGUCGUGCUUUUACGAUUUGAAAAUAGAUCAACCUAUAAAAGAGGUUCAGCCAGCUUUGGCGGAAACACUGUGCAGAUACAGAAAGGAUCUGGAGAUCAUCUUUAACGUCAUUGACAAAGACCACUCAGGUCUGAUUUCUCUUGAGGAGUUCGGCCAGACAUGGAAACUCUUCAUGUCUCACCUGGGCAUCGAUGUAUGCGAUGAAUCCCUUGACAAGUUAGUCCUCCACAUAGAUUACAACAAGGAUGGCCACAUUGACUUCAAUGAAUUUUUAGAGGCCUUUCACGUGGUUCACAGACUAGAGAAAAAGGCAAACUCAUGAAAAGGCAGUACUGCUUUUGGGCUGACAUGGAAGCUCACCUUCCUGGCACUAGCCAGAAGCAGCCUGGGAAACCAAUUUCCAGCCUAACAAACCAUGCAUAGGCUGCUCGACACAGAAAGCACUGCAGUCACUGUGCAAGCCUUUAUUUAGUCCCUUCUGGAUGACAGAUAACUGGUCAUAAUGAGACAUAAGAGAUAAAACCUCACUGCCUAUAGUAUGACUGUGUCACUGCCACAUCAGUACCUUACAGCUUAUCCUCCCCCUUGGUGGCAUCUCCCCCAUCAAUCUGAUCUGUGAACACUGCCAAGGUCACACCUACAAGCCCCAUGGGAAGAGAAGCUUUAGUGUUUCUUUCAGCAGUAAUAGCUGAGAAACAGCAUUGAUGAACACAAGAAACAUAUCAAACUCUUCUCUGGGAUAUAACAUACACGACAGAGGCCUGCUGCAGGCUACCCAAUCCAGGAAAGAAAAUAGGGGAGAACCACCAUCUACUUAAAACAAUAGUCCUACGUUUAAUCUUGCCCUUUGCAUGAUACAGUGAAAUUAAAACAUUCCAGGUCACUGUUUGUCCUCCUUAAAGUUUACAGACACAACUUAAAGGAUCUCAGUUGAAAGACAUUUAUCCUUGCACUGUAUUUCUUCUUGCCACUUGUUACUUUUCCCUACAUUUGUUGGGGUUUGGAGCUAAUAAACAGUCAUAACUCAGCACCUUAACACUAAAUCCAUAGCGCAUUAAUGUAACAUAAAAUGAAUCACAAAAUAAAGCUUUAGCUUUAACAGUAAUGUGUAAGUGUAGUGGUUUUUUGCCUGCAUUCUGGUGUCCUACACAUACUGGAGUACAACACGCUUUUCCUGAAGAUUAACUGGGUUUCCUUAAAACAAAGAUGAAUAAGGACACAAAAGUAAAAAAAAAAAUAAAAAAAUAAAUUGGGUACUAGCAAACUCAAAUAUUCUUGCAUAUAACUGGGCACCAGUUCUUUACCAAGUAAACUAAGAAAUUCUGAAACUGAGCUUUUGGAACACAGCAAGAUGGAAGAGUCUGGUGCCCCCGGCCUCCCCCCAAAAUGCAAGCCAAUAUUCCCAUUCCCACCAGUACCAUCCUACCUGCUCCUGUGGGAAGAAGCGAAAAGAUACAGACAACUUUCAUGCACACUAUGCUCUAAAAGACCCCCACUGAUAAAGAAUCAUAGAAUCACUCAGUUGGAAAAGACCUUUGAGAUCAUCAUGUCCAACUAUACAUGUCCACUACUAAACCAUAUGUCUGAGCAUUUCAUCUAUAUGUCUUUUAAAUACCUGCAGGAACAGGGACUCGACCACCUCCCUGGUCAGGCUGUUCCAGUGCCUAAUUACUCUUUUGGUGAAGAAAUUUUUCCUGAUGUCCAAUCUGAACCUGCCCUGGCACAAUUUGAGGCCAUUCCUUCUCGUCCUACUGCCUGUCACUUGGGAGAAGAGUCCAACAUCCAUGUUGCUACAAGCUCCUUUCAGGUAGUUGUAGACAGUGAUAAGGACGACUUUAAAAUAUAAAGUGAAGUGCAGCCAGCCAGGGGCUCUUUGAAAACAGCAUUACCUAAUUCAGCCUUAGUAACGACAGUGUGCACAAAGUGCUUUUUGGGUAGGAAAAGGUUCCAUCCUAGCGCAUCUUUAAAUUUUAAUAGUGAAAGAUAAAGCUAAGUGAAGAAGCUAGUUUUUAUUUAAUAACAGUGUUGGAAGUACAAAAUCAAAAAGCAGUUUAUCAUCAGAGCAUGUUAACAGCAACCCAGGCUCAAGGUACUGCACUUCUGCAGAAGUAUUUUGUAGCUGGACAUGCACACAUGCUCACUUCUGUUGCCUAAGGGAGGGGGGAAGAAAAAUAUUCUAUAGUGCAAAACAAGUUGACAGUAGAAUUGCAAUGGCAUCAGUAGCAGCGAAUUUCUGCUGCUAGCAUGCAUUUAUUCCAAUCUAGGGAUCAGCCAGGAUCAGCCCCACCUUAUUACAGUGGAAUAACAACUGCUCCUCCUAAGAUGGACAAACACCUUGGUGUGUCAUGGGAUCUCACUUCCCACUGUUGGAUUCCUUGCUGUGGGCAUGAACUGACAGGGUGGAAUGGGACAGUGCAGCUCUGGAGUCCUCCUUAGCCACCACUAGCACUCACCCUACCCCCAAGAAAAGUGGAAAAAGCUAGGAUGUGCAACAAGACAUGGAGUUCCAAAACACAGCUGACAGUCUCCAGCUUCCAUGUUCCCCUCCAAUGACAUGCUCCUGAAGCUACCCUAGCAGAAAGCUCACUUCGGGGGAUCACUCCAUAAGAGGGGAUUAAAGUUAAGGCUGCAGUGUUGCAUUUCCCUCUGCAGGCAGUGAGAGGAGGCUUCCAGGGAUGCAGCGCUGAAGAGAGCGAGGAGCUGAGUCAUAGAGCCAGAAAAAAAGCCUGCCCUGUCAGCUGCUCAAGGCACUCAAGGACCUGACAGAAGCAGCAGGGUGUGGCAGGGGGGAGAAACUGAAACAUCCAAUGCCAGGAAUAAAAGCCAGUCAAGACUAAAACUGGGAGUGGGAGAUAGCCCAACUGCUUACUUAAAUCCAGUGUUCAAGCUGAAGUUCUUCCAUAACCCCCACUCCCAAUCUUUUUUUUUUUUUUUCAAUUCCACUAUUUUAUGCAGUAGCUACUUAAUAUUAUAGCUCUGAUCAGUCCUUUGAGCAGGGACUCAAUCAGUCUGCAGCUGAGGACCCAAGGUCUUGGCUGAUGUUGGCAUCUCUCCUGUUACCACUUUCUGGACAACUCUGCUCCUACCUAUGGACAAUGCCAGAGAGUACCUGACAUUGCACAUGGAUUGCCCCCAUGCUCCUGCUUCACUCAAGCCCCUGGCUGCUGCCAGAGGGGCAACACGGUCCCACAGUGCCCCAUGGACACAAGCAGUGCAACCCAGGUCUUCCGUGAUAGAAAGUGACUGCCCCUUUUUAGGACUAGUAGGAACUAAGCACUCCACUUCCUGGCAGGGCUCUUUCCCUAAGUAAGGAGACCACAAUUAGCAGGAGAGAAGCCAAACGUAUUUCAUACCCCAGCCAUUAAGUUUUCACAUCUACUUGCAGAAACAGGAGCCACAAAGAGUGAAUGUUGCUUUUGAUCUGUCUGGUCUGACAUAUCAAGUGGGAGGAGGAAGCAGCUGUGAGGCUGCGAGCAGGGAGUGUGCUUCCCUGGAGGAGCUGGGUUGGGGUGGACAGUUCAUGCUCUGAGCUGGACGUAACACCUUGUUCGGCCAGCGCCCCCAGCCAGCCCCACUCCUGCCCACUGGCACAGCUGAGUGCCCGCUGGAGCUGGGGAGAUGCCUCUGUGCCCACAGCUGCAAACUGCUUAGGGCAGCAGUGCCUCUCAAACUGGGAAGACCAGGUUUCAUCCAGCUCUAUUUUAAUUCAUGAACGCCCUUGUUUCUGAGGCACACGAUGCGUCUCUGUUUAUCUUUGCCUUCCUUUUCCAUAAAUGAGUUUCCAAAGACUUGAAGUUGACCGUGUUAUCCUCUGCUGUCUCCCCUGGGAAGCCUGACAGACAAGUCAAGCCUAUGCCAAUUAGCUCAGUGCUGCACAAACUGCAAAGCUGUCACGUAUUGUAUCUGGGAGUACCCCCUCGCCACCACCAGCUCUGCUUUGCAACAGCUCAACACACACACACAGGUGGAUCCUCAGCAAAGCAGGGGGGGCUGUAUAAAACCUUAUUUGCUUAAUAAAGUUUGCACUAAAUGUGGCUCUCCAGUUGGAAUGGCUCUUCGGUCUGAAUGUUAAUGCAGCAGCAAGUGGGGACUGGUCCUGACCCAGAGGUGACAAGAGUUUUCAUUCCACUUGCCUUUUGUUUCCACAUCCCAGCCUUCACCAUCAGCUACCUAAACUCUUCAAAUUACCACAUAACUAGAACCCAAGCGCCUGUACUCCAUGUGAUAGCUGGUCAUGAUGAUCAUAAACAUACUGUAAGCUAGGUCAUACCACGAGUUUCAAAUUAGAGAUACAGGAAAGCUGGUGAGGGGCUCUUUUAUCAGUGAGUACAGGGAUAUGAUGGCAGGGGGGAACAGUUUUGUGCUGAAAGAGGGGAGAUUUAGAUUAGAUACUAGGAAGAAAUCUUUUACUGUGAGGGUGAUGAGGCACUGGAACAGGUUGCCCAGGAAAGACAAGGCUGCCCCAUCCCUGGAGAUGUUCAAGGCCAGAUUAUACAGGGCUUUGAGCAGCCUUGUCUAGUGGAAAGUGUCCCUGCCAUGGCUGGGGGGUUGGUACUGGGUGGGCUUUAAGGUGCCUUCCAACUCAAACCAUUCUAUGAUACUUCCACUAAAAAGAAAGAAUUAAGGGGUGUCUGGGUAUGUUUUAGUGUAGGCUCUAUUGUUUUAAACUUCAAUACAGCUGCAUGUAAAACAAAAUACAUUAGGUGGUCUGAAGGAAAAUUACCUCGCAUCCCUCUCAAACUAGGAUUCAACAAGAAAAGCAAAACUAACCACCAUACUGCCUUUUCCUUUGAUACUGGACAGAACAAGAAACAAUGCCACAGGCUCUUGUGUGCUCACUCUCCACACUGUCACAUUUGUCUGCUUAAACUCUACAAAGGGGUUUACUUUCAUUUACUGGGAAACAAGCAUGGUGAUCUCUCACAACACAUAUAAAAAUGAAAAAGAACAAAUCACACAUAAUAACGAAGGCAAAACCAUACAAAACAGGCACUGUGCCACUAAAAUGACUUCCACAUCCAAGUGCCAAUUGUACCUGAACCAUACCUUUACAUUAGCCCCUCAAAAGGCCCUCAGUUUCCAUGGUGGUUAACACAGCACGUGCCUUUUCCAGAGCAUCCAGUCUAAGGGCUCCUAGGUCCUAGGACUGCCAAAAUCUCCUGGUCUCUGCAAGAAGGUAAGAUCACCUCCUAAUGCCUACCACAUCCGUGCUCUGCUCAUGUCCAGACAUUGUUACAGCAGCAGCAACUUCGCAGUGACAGCAAGCAGGGUGGCAUAGCUGUCGGGAGCUUGGCCUCCCCACAACCAUGGGUGCUGUCAACCAGAGAGUAGAUAAGGAUUUACUUCCCUUCUUUCAACAAAGUAUUUCAGGCAUCUAUGUGAAACUGGAACCAAACAACUUGUUCUUAUAAGCACCAUGUGCUAUUGUUACAAAAGUUUUCAAAUCCUGUGAAAAUGGCAGUUAUGUUUUGAGAGAAUGGGGGGGGGGGGAGUAGUUCUCACAGAAAUAUGUUUAUCAGGCUUAUUAGCACAGAAAAUACCUACUUUUCACAGGCAAGAUCUGCUCUUUUCCCCUCUACCUGGUAAAACCGACUCGCUCUGAUCCUCUUGGCUCGCACAGCAGCAGUGCCAGCAUAACCCAGUGGUGCUGAGGGAGCCCAUGGCCGUGGGAAAGGCUGAAGCUACAGCCCCAUUCCUAAGCUGUCAGCCAGAUGCGUGCUGGCUGGUGGAAAAACCAGCAGUGCCGGCACAAGGAAAACCACAGCUGAUGGGAUGCUUGGGGUCCAGCAGGGUUUUCUCCCCCAAAAGGCAGCCUCCCUCUGUUUUCAGUUUAUGUGGCCAGAGAGCCAUUUUCCUGCAGGACACACCUAUUCUCCGAGCAGCCGCAGAAGCUGAUUUUCAGUGGAAAUACUCAAGGCACAGGCACUAACCUGGGAGUUGAGUGAAGGGAGACUUUCAGGCAGCCCACCCCUAACUACAUGUGACAAGUGCGACUUUAA